AUGCAUGGUCUCUGGAAAGACCAUUUAGAAGCGCGAUCUUUUUUGAGCAGCGCGGGGCUCUGGGCAGGGACCCGCUGGGCGCGCGGUGGGCGCCCGCCUCCGUCCCCCGCGCUCCGGACACGCCUACCCCGCCCCCGGCCCUCCGCACAGGCAAAGGCCUGGCACCGAGGGCUGGUCCCGCAGGGCUGGCAGGUCCCUGAGCCGGGAGCAGGUGAUACGGCUCGGCGCCCCUGCCCACGGUCAGGCAGUGUUCCCCUAAGCGCCUGGGACUGCGGGCACUGGCGGGAGGUCCGGGCCGCGGAAGGCGUUCCCACACCGGCCAGUCUCCGUCCACCAGGAAGCCGACUUCUCGUACCUCCCCGGGGACCGAAAACCGCCGGUGCCGCCGCACCCGUCGUCGCCGCCGCUUGCUCAUGGAGAGCCCGUGCUGCCGCCGCCGCCGCCUCAUCUACUAGCACCGCCCGCUGUCUGGGCCUCCCCGGCGUGAGUGCUGGGCUCUGGCACGGCCUCCAUCGCACCCGCCGCGGAGGGAGCCACAGCAGCUCCAGCGCCCAGGCCGGAUCCGACCGGACCCACGGAGCCAGGACCGCAGGACGCGGAGCUUCUUAUUACGGAGGAAGAUUCGGCCUGACCUCGGCCCCCCUCCCCCCAGCCCCUAGUUCCCAGCCGCCUGACGGCGCUGCUGCGCAGGCGCGAAGACGCCCUCGCCAAACGUGCGUGUGUCGGGAGUGUAAGCAGAACUUGAAAUAACUCAUCAGUCUUCACCUGGAAGAAGUGGACUGAAAGAGAUAUAAUCAUGGUCAAGCUCUGGAAAUUAUCUGAUUACUGCUUGGUCCCUCCAUGGUGAUCUGUCUUUUGAUUUUAUACCCAAGAUGAUCAUCAGUGAUGACAUUUGAUCACUAGUAUUUCUUUUCAUUAGGAGCCCUGAGAGUGGUCUUCCUCUAGAAGGUGAUAUUACAAAACAACAAACAUGCAAACCAACUGUUUGGGAUAUAAAGAUUGUAGAACAUCCCUUGCUUUUGUUUUCUUCCUUGA